AUGGAUAUGGUUCAGCUUUCAACUGCUCAAUUGGAGCCACCUGAAGAACAGCGGCGACGAUUUGAAAUCGAAUGCGAAUUUGUGCAAGCACUUGCAAAUCCCCAUUACGUGAAUUUAUAUAUUGGAGGAAUAGCUUACGGUUUUGAAAUUUCAGUUGCUUUGAUAUCAAUUUCAGUUCUUGCUCAACGUGGAUUUUUGAAAGAGCAACAUUUCAUCAACUAUCUGAAGUAUCUGCUUUAUUGGAAGCAGCCGGAAUACGCAAGAGCUUUAAAAUAUCCGCAAUGUUUGCAUUUACUAGAGUGCCUUCAAUGUCCAAACUUUCGUGAAGCCCUCACUUCAGGGGCAAAUGCGAAAUUCAUAGAAGAUCAGCAAGUUCUACAAUGGCUCUAUUAUCUUCGCAAGCGGCAGAGAUUACAUGUAUGUUACUCAUACUCUGACUUUUAUAUAUAUCUUGACAUUCUGUUCUAUUUUGACAGCGUUAAGGUGAAUCCUGACGCGGCAGAAAAUGCAGAGGGGAAGUCGCAUGAUGACACUGAUGAUGAUCUGGAUGGAGAUGAAGCGGGUCCAAAUACGGCACAUUAA